AUGGCGGCGGGUCAGGCUACCACAAAAACAUCCACUAUCGUGCCAAUUCUGCAUCUUGUUUUCACAAUAGUCUCGAUUGCGGUUCUCUCGUACAAAGUUUACCACCUUGAGAGUGAAUUGUCGUUUAUUCGAGACGAAUUACCUACUCAUGACAGAAGUGAUGGCUUCACUAAGACGCUUCCACUUUCUACAGCUGAGCCAAUUAGCCAGCAUUCCCGCAGUGAUAGCAGAAGUGGUCGAAACCGUCGACGUGACCAGCGAAACCACAAGGAAGGCGCCGCCUCUCGUCCUAACCAGAAGAAGCCUGAAAGAACUUCAACAAAGCAAAAUAUAGACGCGGAUUGCCUUCAGAAGGCGAUAAAAAAUUUCCAGGCUAAGAACACUGCGAACGGAACUGAUAGGAUUGUCUGCAUGAGAGGUCCGCCAGGCCCACCCGGUGAACAAGGGCUCCGUGGACGUCGUGGACGUCCAGGCCCCUCUGGCAAAACUGGGCCACCUGGGAGAAGGGGUCCUCGAGGACCUCCAGGAAAGGGCACCAGCGUCAAUAUAACAGCCAUCAACAAGCUCGCCAAACGACUAGAGGCCUACACUCAAAGAGAAAUGACAAAAUUUGCUCCUCCUCGUUUCACGUCCAAGAUUCCUCCAUCCAUCACCAUCAGAGAAGGCACCAAGCUGUCACUCAAUAUCUCUGCAACCGGAAAUCCGGCUCCGAAAAUCACGUGGUCUUUGCAGGGUGGAAACCAUGGUAACCAAAGCCGAUUUAAGCUGACAAAUGAAACGUUUGAGAUAAUUGAAGUCCGCUUUGAGGAUCAGGGUAUGAUCACGUGUCAGGCGGAAAACGUGUUUGGUACUCGAGUGGCUCAAGUAAAACUUAUUGUAUUUGGACCACCAAGAUUCCCCAUCACACCACCAGGACAGGUUAUUGGUUUUUUGAAAAAAGCCACAAUAUUACAUUGUGCCGUAGUUGGUUACCCUACCCCUGAGGUCAAAUGGAACAGGUCUCCCCCGUCACCACUCCCCCAGGGACGCAGUGCAGUGAGCAAUAGCAGUCUUUAUAUUAACAACACUGAAGACGGCGAUGGAGGCAUUUACUUUUGUACUGCGACAAACAAACAUGGAAUGAUCAUUCAUGGAACUUUUCUGAAAGUAGAGUCUGUUGUACUUCCCUUCUUCUCGUCAACACCAUCGUCUUCUGUCUCUGUGCCAAGUAUUCGAGAAUCGCUCCGAGUCAGGUGUUCCGCUAAAGGAUCACCUCUACCCACAGUCACGUGGUACAAGAAUGACUUCAACGUGUCCGUCGUAAACAAGGUCACCGCCGAUGAAUUUACCAGCGAGCUUGUGAUUGGUGAAUUUCAGCCCGCGGACCAGGCCACCUAUAAAUGCGUUGCUCGUAACGUUUUCAACGACACAGUGGAGACAAGUACAAGAAUAUUUCUGCCUAACUGUGGCCAUCCAGGUUAUCAAAGGAACGCAGUGCUUGUACUGAGCAGCUACUGGGCAGGAGAGUACGUCAGAUACCUCUGUAAUCCGGGGUAUACUAUGCUUGGUCCUACAGUCAGAAGAUGCUUGCCCAGCGGUAGCUGGAGCGGAAAUGCAGUACAUUGUACCAACAGACCGGAAUGCUUCAAUCACAUGGUAAUAGAUGAUGAUUCACGUCGAGUGGGCUCCACACAUACUUACGACAGAUGCGACAGAGAUCUUGCUGCGGGUUGGUACAGGUUUAUAAACGGCAGACGCAUGAGCGAACGGUGUGCUAAGAACAACGCCUGCAACACAGAUUACCCUGGCUGGUUAGUUGGUGGCCAUCCUCACGUUUCGUCGGGAAGGGUCUUAUUAAAAGUGUGUUUCAGCAUGAAAUCGUCAUUCUCGUGUCCUUGCUCUACUCAUACCUAUAUUCUGGUACGCAGCUGUGGCUCGUUCUAUGUCUACAAACUGAAACCGACUCCAACAUGUGACCUUCGUUAUUGUACCGACUAAGUAUGUAUAAUGUAGCCUUUAACUUCACUUGAUCCUAAGACUGUAGUGAAGCUGAUGUCGGUGUAAGUGAUAAUUUCAUGGAAUAUUGAACACAAGUUGUAUCUGGCAAACAAUAAUUGAACGUUUACACGAUGCUUGCAGCGACUCGGGAUACAACGCUAAUCAAAAAACAUUACAAUUUCCUCGAUUGUGAUUGGUUUAAAAAACUCCUAUUUUCCACUAAUUCACCUGCCAAGUUGUUAUCGGACAGGUUGUUUUCGGACAGUUCGAUAAGCCAAUCAUAUUCAAAGUCGAAGUUUAAAUCAACCAAUCACAUUCAAAGUUGUAGUUUAAAUCAACCAAUCACAAUCUUAAACAAUUUACGCCUCCUUUGUCAGUCUUUUAAUGCAAAUUUUCCCUUUCUUUCAUAACUUGGUUAUUCUUCUUUCCUCGAAAAUUGUAAU